GUGUGCAAUAAUUUUUGUUCAUAUACCAGGGGUUUAUCCACUUCAUCUCAAUCAACUUCACGUUCACAGAAAAAAUAGAAGAUGAGUUGCAUUGCAGAGACACAACCACAUGCAGUGUUGACUCCAUAUCCAGCUCAAGGUCAUAUUAACCCUUUGUUGAAACUAGCGAAGCUGCUGCAUCUCAGAGGCUUUCACAUAACCUUUGUCAACACUGAGUAUGUCCACAAACGCUUGCUCAAAUCAAGGGGUUCCAAAGCCCUUGAUGGCCUCUCAGACUUUUGCUUUGAGACUAUACCAGAUGGUCUUCACCCCGUAGAUGCUGAUGAUGAUUCUCAACAUCAAGACUUAGUCUCUCUUUGUGACUCAACAAGAAAGAACUUCCUUCACCCCUUUCUCAACCUUCUUGCUAGACUUAAUCGUUCUGCCACUGUUGGUCUCAUCCCUCCUGUUACUUGCUUAGUUUCUGAUUGCUUCAUGACUUUUCCUAUACAAGCUGCUCAAGAACUUGCACUCCCUGUCCUUCUCUUUUGUCCAGCAAGUGCAGCCACAUUGUUGUCUAUUAUCCACUUUCCUACUUUGGUUGAAAAAGGAAUCACACCCCUCAAAGAUGAGAGUUAUUUGACAAAUGGGUAUUUGAACGCCAAAGUAGAAUGUAUUCCAGGUAUGCAAAGCUUUCGAUUGAAGGACCUGCCUACCUAUAUAAGGACAACUGAUCCUAAGGACUUGAUGAUUGAAUUUCUCAUUGAAGUAGCUGGUAGAGUUCAUAGAGACUGUGCUAUUGUUAUUAAUACUUUUGAUGAACUUGAAAGUAAUGCAUUGAAUGCUCUCUCCUCUAUGUUCUCUUCUUUUUACACCAUUGGUCCUUUACCUUUACUAUUAAAUCAAAGUCCACAAAAGCACUUGGCAUCUUUAGGUUCCAAUCUUUGGAAAGAAGAUUCUGAGUGUCUUGAAUGGCUUGAAAACAAGAAACCCAGGUCUGUUGUUUAUGUGAAUUUUGGCAGUGUCGUAGUUAUGUCUGCAGAGCAACUGUUGGAGUUUGCUUGGGGUUUGGCCAACAGCAAGAAACCCUUUUUGUGGAUCAUUAGGCCUGACCUUGUCAUUGGCGGUUCAGUCAUUUUGUCAUCUGAAUUUGUUAACGAAACAAGAGACAGAGGCCUAAUAGCAAGUUGGUGUCAGCAAGAGCAAGUGUUGAACCACCCUUCAAUUGGUGGAUUCUUGACUCAUUGUGGAUGGAACUCGACGACUGAGAGUGUUUGUGCUGGAGUGCCUAUGUUGUGUUGGCCUUUUUUCGCCGAUCAACAAACAAACUGUAGAUAUAUAUGCAAUGAGUGGGACAUUGGGAUUGAAAUUAAUACCAAUGUGAGGAGAGAGGAGGUGGGAAAGUUGGUCAAUGAAUUGAUGGUGGGAGAGAAGGGAAAGAAGAUGAGGCAAAAGAUCAUGGAGUUGAAGAAGAAGGCAGAGGAGCGCACCAGACCCGGUGGUGGUUCAUACAUGAACUUAGACAGAGUGAUUAAGGAGGUGUUGCUUAAACAACAUUAGAGUGUUUUACUUGUCUGUAUCACAGUACUUUGAUAAUGCAUUGAUGUUCCCUUCAUGAAUAUGAGGCAUUGUGAAGUUAAAAUGAGGUGAUGCUUUGGUUAGAAGGCCAGUUUGUGUAGUCUUUGCGGUAUGCAAUGACUUAAUUGUCUUGCUAUUAUUUAAUCUAUACUUCAUAUUUUUCCAAGCAGGAAGCUUGUCAUAAGUUUUUUUUUUUUUUUUUCCAACCUGGGUUAAUUUAAAAGUGAAUUAUUAAAAUAGACUCUGUAAAACAUAUUCCUUGUUCACUAUAACUUUUGACAUGUCACCUAAUCACCACGUAUUAGGGACAACAAUAACUACAAUUAUACCACGUGGUAAGUCCUAUUUAUAUAAAAUGGUCCUACAUGACAUUUUC